AUGGACCUCAAGGAGAGCCCCAGCGAGGGUAGCCUGCAGCCCUCUAGCAUCCAGAUCUUCGCCAACACCUCCACCCUCCACGGCAUCCGCCACAUCUUCGUGUACGGGCCGCUGAGCAUCCGGCGUGUGCUCUGGGCCAUGGCCUUCGUGGGCUCUCUGGGCCUGCUGCUGGUGGAGAGCUCUGAGAGGGUGUCCUACUACUUCUCUUACCAGCACGUCACCAAGGUGGAGGAGGUGGUGGCCCAGAGCCUGGUCUUCCCAGCCGUGACCCUCUGUAACCUCAACGGCUUCCGCUUCUCCAGGCUCACCACCAAUGAUCUGUACCACGCCGGGGAGCUGCUCGCCCUGUUGGACGUCAACCUGCAGAUCCCGGACCCACACCUGGCUGACCCCACGGUGCUGGAGGCCCUGCGGCAGAAGGCCAACUUCAAGCACUACAAACCCAAACAGUUCAGCAUGUUGGAGUUCCUGCACCGCGUGGGACAUGACCUGAAGGAUAUGAUGCUCUACUGCAAGUUCAAAGGGCAGGAGUGUGGCCACCAGGACUUCACCACAGCGGGCCUGGGACAUCAGGUGCUGUGGGACCCUCCGGAAGCCCAGUGUGGCCGCUUCUCCCAAAGCGACCUUAAGGGAGAACCGAGAGCUUUUGAGUCUCAGAUCCUUGAGCCAAAUUGCAGUUGUAAUUUCGGGGUGGCAGGCGUGGUCGCCAGUGGGGAUGAGGCUGGGCGGACUUGGGCCUGGGGCCGCACGGACACCCUGGCGCUGGGCUGGUGGCAACGGAGGAGGCCAGAGAAGCUGCAGGUGCCGGGGGAUGCGAAACGGGCCCGCAGGAGAUUAGAAGCAGCGGCGCCGGAGCGGGGCUGCCUCCACGUGAAGGCGCGCGUGCCAGUGUCCUGGGGCAGCGAGGAGCCCAAGUCACCGGAUGCCCAGCCCAGAGGCCACCUCCCCGCACCGCGGCCAGACGGCGACCAGGGGCGACCAAGUGUUCACAGCUGA